UUUCAGUUGUGUGAAGUCAUUGUUGUGAAACGGAGCAAUACACUAUACAGUUGGCAUGGCAUUUGUAAAGCACAGCCUGGUACCCGAUAUUAUUGACGUUGCACCUCCAGCAGUGCUUAAAGUCUCCUACCCUAACAAUGUUGAAGUUGAUGAGGGAAAACCUCUUACCCCCACUCAAGUAAAACAUCAGCCUACUGUAAGCUGGCAGGCUGACAGCACCGCGUAUUAUUUACUCUGCAUGGUUGAUCCAGUGACUCCCACUCUGCAAUUUCAACAUUGGCUUGUUGGUAAUAUUCCGGGCAAUGAUCUCUCCAAAGGAGAAGUACUAUUAGAAUACAUUGGGUCAGGACCACAGCAAGGAUCCGGUUUUCAUCGCUAUACAUUUCUUCUUUACAAACAACCUAGAAAACUGGAUUUCACGGAAGGUAAAGCUCCGAAGACGUCAUUUAAAGAUGCAAGACUAUUUUUAAUUCGAGAUUUUGCCAAAAAAUACAAUUUGGGCGAGCCCGUUGCCGGUAAUUUUUAUCUGGCCGAGUGGGACGAAUACGUGCCAAUUCUUCAUAAACAACUUGGACUACAAUAAAUUGUGUUUAUGAUGUUCCUGGUGAUAGCAUAGUAUCAACGUAUUAUAUACAGUAGGUUCACUUCCAAGACAUGCCCAUAUAUCCGACUUCACCUUAUCCAUUAGAAGUAAAAGCUUUUGCUACAAUUUGCAUUCAAGGAAAUGCUUCGGAUUAGUAAAGUAAAAGGUACAGAUUAGUUCCUACCGAUUUCGACAAAUUACUUGAAAUUUACUAUCAACGUGUAUGUGUUUUCCUUGACAGCUAUUUAUUUUAUUUGCUUAAUACAUUCCUGAUUUACUUGUCCAGUGUUAAAAGCUAGCAAAUUUAAAAUGGUUCGCACAAUAAGGCAGAAAUACCUUCAUUUUCUGCACAGGUGAUACGGCUGCUCCACGUGUUUCGGGAUACCCGCCAGGAAAGUAGUCCGUCAACCACAUGACAUUCUCCUCCUCAAAUCUAAAUAAAGUUUUAAAAUAUAAUUCUCGUGGUGUACGUCUUGGUAUGUAGCAUUUUCAUGUACGUAAAUUCACCAUAUCAACCAUAACAAGCACAACACUGGGACCACACAAGUAAAGAUUACUUUUGUAAGUUCUUUUAGAUUGCUUUAACACAAAAAAGUCCUACAAAUACAUAAAUUUUUACGUUAAAAGCUGUGUGAUACCUGGGCAGCUACUGAAAAGUUGAAAAGAGCGAAAAAAGUUGUUGUGAACUUUUUAGAAGCAAAUACUUUAGAUCUUGAGCAGAUUCUUCUUUUUAUAAAUACAAAAAAAAAGCAAAUCCUCCAAGUAAAACAUUUUUCUUCGCUUUGAAGGAAUUGCUUCAAUUUUUGGAAGCAAAAGGUAAGGCUUCUUUUUAUAAAUACCACACAUAAGUACGCCUGCAUUUUAGGUUAGCUCAAAGGAAUGACCGUACUGUAUAUAUUACUUUAUACUGUGGUGUUACUACUACUACAUAAUUUUUGUAUUAUUUGUAAAGUUAACUGUUUGUUUUGGAAAUUGUAAAUAACACGUCUCCUUAAGAAUUAAUAAACUAAUUGUCAGGAA